AUGCAGCGAACGCAGUGGCAGCUGCUUCUGCCGCUGGCUCUGGCGGUGGUGGUGGCGGCGGCGGCGUCGACUUUGGCGCAGGCGCAGGCGCAGAAUAUAGAUGCCGACUGCAGUUUUCCCGGCUCACCGGCGCACAGCAGCGUCGUCUUCUCGAAUGCGAAUCUCACCCAGGGCACGGUGGCCUCCUACAGCUGCGAGCGCGGCUUUGAGCUCCUGGGACCGGCCCGACGGGUCUGCGACAAGGGGCAGUGGGUGCCCGAGGGCAUACCAUUCUGCGUACUCAAUGUGGCCGCUGGCAAGGCGCCCAUGCAAAUAUCCACUGAGGGCGCUGGUGCACCCCAAAAAGCCAUCGAUGGCUCCACGUCGGCGUUCUUCACGCCGGAAACUUGCUCGCUGACCAAAUCGGAGCGCUCCCCCUGGUGGUAUGUGAAUCUACUGGAGCCCUACAUGGUGCAGCUGGUGCGUCUGGACUUUGGCAAAUCCUGUUGCGGCAACAAGCCGGCGACCAUUGUGGUGCGUGUGGGCAACAAUCGGCCGGAUUUGGGUACGAAUCCGAUUUGUAAUCGCUUCACUGGCCUCCUGGAGGCCGGCCAGCCGCUCUUCCUGCCCUGCAAUCCCCCCAUGCCGGGCGCGUUUGUCAGCGUUCACCUGGAGAACAGCACGCCCAAUCCGCUGUCCAUUUGCGAGGCAUUCGUGUACACGGACCAGGCGCUGCCCAUCGAGCGGUGUCCCACGUUCCGGGAUCAGCCGCCGGGCGCCCUGGCCUCGUACAACGGAAAGUGCUACAUUUUCUACAAUCGGCAGCCGUUGAACUUCCUCGAUGCGCUCUCCUUCUGCCGCUCCCGCGGCGGCACUUUGAUCAGCGAGAGCAACCCGGCCCUGCAGGGCUUCAUCAGCUGGGAGCUGUGGCGGCGACAUCGCAGCGAUGUCAGCUCCCAGUACUGGAUGGGAGCGGUGCGCGACGGCAGCGACCGCAGCAGCUGGAAGUGGGUCAACGGCGACGAGCUGACCGUCUCCUUCUGGAGCCACCCCGGCGGCGAUGAGGACUGCGCGAGAUUCGACGGCUCCAAGGGCUGGCUCUGGAGCGACACCAACUGCAACACGCUGCUGAAUUUCAUCUGCCAGCAUCAGCCGAAGACCUGCGGGCGACCCGAGCAGCCGCCCAACUCCACGAUGGUGGCCCUCAACGGCUUCGAGGUGGGCGCCCAGAUCAAGUACAGCUGCGACUCGAACCACCUGCUGGUGGGUCCGGCCACACGCACCUGCCUGGACACGGGCUUCUACAACGAGUUUCCGCCAGUGUGCAAAUAUAUCGAAUGCGGUCUGCCGGCGAGCAUUGCCCAUGGCAGCUAUGGCCUGCUGAACAACACCGUUGGCUACCUCAGUCUGGUGAAGUAUGCCUGCGAGGAGGGCUACGAAAUGAUUGGCCGCGCCCUGCUCACGUGCGACUUCGAUGAGCGCUGGAAUGGACCACCGCCACGCUGCGAGAUUGUGGAGUGCGACACGCUGCCUGGGAACUACUACAACACCAUCAUACACGCACCCAACGGCACCUACUUCGGCUCCAAGGCGGAGAUCAGCUGCCCGCAGGGCUACCGCAUGGAGGGACCGCGCCAGCUGAGCUGCCUGGCCAGUGGCCAGUGGAGCAGCGCCCUGCCGCGCUGCAUCAAGCUGGAGCCGGCGACACAGCCCACAGCGGCACCCACAGCACCACCCUCGUCGGUGGCCACGCCGCCACCCUUCAGGCCCAAGAUCAGCAGCACCACCAGCCGCACGCCCUACCGCCCAGUGUCCUCCACCUCCAGCACGGCCAGCACCAGCACCGUGGGCACCUACCCCAGCAUCAGUCCCACACAAGUGGAGAUCAAUGGAGAAUCCGAUUCCGAGGAGGAUGUCAAUGUGCCCGUGCCAGGCACGGUGCGCGAAGAGUUCCCGCCGCGCCGCACCGUUCGGCCCGUGCUCAUACCCAAGAAGCCGAACAGCACGCCGGCCGCAGCCACCACCACGCAGCACGCACUGCCGCCGCAGCCGCAGCCGCUGCCACCGUCCACCUAUGCACCCGCACCGCCACGCAGCCGCCCGAGUGCGGCCAGUGUGCCCGCCCAGGUGGAGACGACCACGCGGAACACGCAGCAAAUCAUUCAGAACUCGCACCCGCAGGACAACGAGAUCCCCGACAGCGUCAACAUACAGCAGAAUCAGUCGCCCAAUGUCAAUGUGCCCUUCGCCGUCGACAAUCCCGAGCGCAAGGAGCCCAAGGAGGCGAAGCUCAAUCUGGGCGCCAUUGUGGCGCUGGGCGCUUUUGGCGGCUUUGUCUUCCUGGCCGCCGUCAUCACGACAAUUGUGAUACUCGUGCGAAGAAAUAGAACCACGCAGCAUUAUCGGCAUCGCGCCUCGCCCGAUUGCAACACUGUUGCCAGCUUCGACAGCUCCACCUCUGGCUCCCGCAACGGACUCAACAGAUACUACCGCCAGGCCUGGGAGAAUCUGCACGAGUCCGCCUCGAAGAACAGCUCACACAACGCGCUGCGCCGCAAGGAGACCCUCGAUCCGCCCAGCAUGACCCGUUCCCGCGACAAUCUGCGCGACAAUAUGCAGCGAUCCCGCGAGAAUCUCGACAGCAGAUGCGGCCGCGACAAUUACGGCAUGCGCGACGAUUCCGAGAUGGUGGUGUCGGACGUGUGCCUGAAGGGCGAGAAGAAGCGCCACCAUCAUCAUCAUCACAAGAGCAGCUCGCGCAAUGGCGACUACCGUGAUCGGGAUCAGUCCUCCGGCAGGCGCGAACAUCACAGGCACAGCGGCGCUGGUGGCGGCGGCGGCGGCGGCGGCGGUGCUGGCGCAGGAGGCGGAGGCGGUGGUGGCGGCCACUAUUGACCAACCAUGGUCAUCACCAUAAAUGUGGAGCGGCAAUUGCAAUCGAUCGUAGAUGAAGAUGAAUCUGAAACAGAUUCUGGAACUGGAGCUGGAGCUGGAACUGGAGCUGGAGCUGGAGCGAGCGCAACAACGAAAAAUUUUUUGUUUAAUUUUAGAAAGAUUCUGAUCGGAAAUGAGAAAUCGAAGAAGUUAGACAAGAGCGAUCAAGAUUUCCCCAUAAUCUUGCAAGUCAAUACUUUACAUGCAUUAUGCCACAUCGGCAGAUGUAUUUCCAUAUAUUUUUCCCUCUUUCUCCGAAACAAGAACCGAAUCUUACUCGUAUAAUUUAUUCGCAAAGCUUUCUUAAGGUUUUCUUAGUUAAAUUGUCUCCUUAUGAAUUAGUUGUAUGUAAAAGAAGGCGCGAAGAGGCGUGGCUUUGCCUGUUAGUUAUUUAGAUGAAAUGCAAGCACCAGGACACAGAAAAUACAUCAAAUCCAACCACACACCCACACCCCAGCAAUGUGGCACUUGACAGCUGCAGCCAAAUUAUGAGUAACUUGGUUUAGCUUGAGGCUAAACACAGCUGCCCCCAAGCCAAAUCGACUUGCUCAUAGUCGCAUUUUAGUUACGUAAACUUAUGCUAGAUAGAAUGGACACCAACAACCCAAAAAGCGCAAAUAAAAACCCAACACAAAUCGGCAGCACGAGCGAGCGACGAGCCACCGAAUGACAGGCUGCACCAUUCCAGUUACUUUUUACUCAUCUAUAUACAUAUAUAUCUACAUACAGCACAGACUAUAUAUCACCUUGUAUUUGUAUUUCGUAGAGUCGUAUAAUAAUUGUAGAUUUUUUUUGUUUUUGAGUGUGUAAAAGACAAAGACAAAGGCAGCGCGGAGGCAGCGCGGAGGCAGCGCGGGGAGUGCUUGUCGGAGUGCUAAGUGCCGCAGCAACGUAUGCAAUAUUAUUUGAAUUUCGUGCAUUAUUUCCAAUGUAAAUAAUAAUAAUUUAUUUCAUAAAUAAAACAAUGAUCAUUUCGCU